AUGGUCACAGAGAGUCCUUGGAUGGGUGACCAUGUUUGGCAGCUUGACUAUAGAGAGUUUCGAGGACCUGAGCCCUGCCCCACACCGAAACUACGUGACACAUGUGGUCUCAUCUUAGGCAAACAAACGAAAGACAAAGGAAAGGCAAAGGAAAGACAAAGGAAAGGCAAAGGAAAGACAAACGAAAGACAAAGGAAAGGCAAAAGAAAGGGAAACAAAAGACAAACGAAAGACAAAGGAAAGGCAAAGGAAAGACAAACGAAAGGCAAAGGAAAGACAAAGGAAAAACAAAGGAAAGGCAAAGGAAAGACAAAGGAAAGGCAAAGGGAAGGCAAAGGAAAGGCAAAGGAAAGAGAAAAAGGACAAAAGAGACAAAGAGAGGGAGCCAAGGGAGAGGCAAAGGAAAGGCAAGACAAAGGGAAAGGCAAGGAGGAAAGACAAAGGAAAGACAAAGGAAUAGAAAGGAAAGACAAAGGAAGACAAAGGAAAGACAAAGGAAAGACAAAGGAAAGACAAAGGAAAGACAAAGGAAAGACAAAGGAAAGGCAAAGGAAAGGCAAAGGAAAGACAAAGGAAAGGCAAAGGAAAGACAAAGGAAAGACAAAGGAAAGACAAAGGAAAGGCAAAGGGAUAAAGACAAAGGAAAGACAAAGGAAAGGCAAAGGAAAGGCAAAGGAAAGAGACGGAAGAAAGGAAAAGACAAAGGAAAAGGAAAGGAAAGACAAAGGAAAGACAAAGGAAAGGGACAAAGGAAAGACAAAGGAAAGACAAAGGAAAGAGACAAAGGGAAGAGACAAAGGAAAGGACAAAGGAAAGACAAACAAAGGAAAGGAGGAAAGACGAAAGAAAAGAAAGGAAAGACAAGACAAAGGAAGAGACAAAGGAAAGGCAAAGGAAAGACAAAGGAAAGGCAAAGGAAAGACAAACGAAAGGCAAAGGAAAGGCAAACGAAAGACAAAGGAAAAACAAAAGAAAGGCAAAGGACGUUAA